AUAGCAGCUUGUUGCUUCCCGCUUCUGGUUUUGUCUUGUGCCAUGCAGGUAGUUCCUUAUUGCAGAGACUCUUCAGGCGAGCUGGCUAAGGCAGCGUUUCCUGAGGCAAGGCGCUGUAUGUGUGCACACAGUGUGUGCCUGGCAGGCAAAGAAUCAGUCAGAGCCUUAGGUGACCGAUGUGAGCUGUGAAGCCUCUUUGAGGAGACAUUCUUGCAGCUUUCUGCUGGGGUGUUCCUUCUGGGAGGCGUGUCUUUAUGGGUAUCUCCUUCUCUAUAGCAGAUUAAAGUUGCUGCCCGUCUUGUCAAGCCUAGAUGUUUUACACUGUCAGUCAUUACAGUGUUGUCUGCAGAAUGUGUUUCUGUGAUGGAGCAGAGCAUGCACAUCACUGUUUUCCAAAGUAGCCAAGAAUCCUCAGUGAGGCUUUCACUGACUGUUAAUCUAGAGUGGGGAAAUUUUAUGUUUCCAUUGUCUGCUGAGCUGCCUUGGAGAGACUGAGAUGCAACUCUUUGCUUCUUAUAAUUCCUUACCUUAACCAACAAAGUGUUAAGAGAUAUGUUAAUUUGAGGAACUGAUUGUGACAUCAGGUCCUUGUAUUCUUCUUUGACCCAAAUCUGAUAAGGUUAGCAAAAGAAUGCAAAGUUGUGGACCUGAAGAUGGGGAAAAAAUAACAGGGUUCAGAAGCCAGCAGGAAUCAAAACCUUGGACAGGAGUGGCAUGGUAGUUUGCUUAAACAGAUCCUGUGCCUAAUUCUUAUGUUGCUUUAUGUCUGCUGAGAGUAGUGGCAAAGGUUGGUGACAUGCACCUCAGAAGCUUAAAUGCUGCUUCUGGAAAGCGUUGGAAGAGUAUUAUGAACCUCAGUUUUUCUGCAAAUUAAAUGCCAUCCUCAGUGAAACAUUGCUUCUGCAUUAAUUGGUGGUUAGGGUCCCUUACUGUCCUAGCUGGCACUGCUUGAGCUGGAGGUCAAUCCCAAGUGUACCUUGGCACUUGAAGCAGUCUGUGGCUUUAUUGUCUUCUGGCCUUUUGUGUCUUCUUUUGUUCUUAAGCCACUGGUCCCAGCUGCAUUUGUAAAGCUUCCUGCAGCACUGGGCUUGUCAAACUGUAGCCAUGGCAAGUCCGAAGCAUGACAGAAAACUAUUUAUUGAGACUCUUCAGUGGGGACAAGGGAUACAGCAGCAGGUCAUAGUGUUUUUACAUAACAGUCAGCACGUUCUAGGUGUGUAGACGUGUUCGGGGUCCUUUGGCAGCACAUCUGAUCUCUUACUGCUUUCCGGGGACAGUAUCCUCAGUAGGCUGUGUUUGCUGGCUAGUUGCUGGUCCCUCUAGGCAAACAGUUGGUGUGCAGUUAGCUUUUAAGUAGCCAGUUGCAAGAUUGGAGAUAACCAGACCACAUGAUGCUGAGGAAAUCCAGUUCUGUAACCACUUUUCCAUGGCUUCAGUAGUUUCCAUGUGAACAGCACACAGGGCUGGGCUGCAAGAGCAAGAAGGCAGUAUGUUGUCAAGACCAAAGCCUGGGGAGUCUGAGGCAGACCUGCUGCACUUUCAGAACCAGUUCCUGGCAGCCAGAGCUUCACCUGCAGUGAAGAUUGUGAAGAAAGCAGACAAGAGGAAGGGGGAGGAAGGGAGCACAGAUGCUGAGAGACGCCCGCUACAGGACAGCAAGGAUGUGGUCAUGUUGGAUGAUUUUCCUGAUGCUCUCCCAACUCUAACUCCAGCUCCUCCAAAGAAGUCUAAGAUCAAAAAUGCUUGUGUCCACUUUGAAGAUGAUGAUCCAGAGGAAAGACUGGAGAGUCAUGAUCGACACAUUACAGCGGUCUUCAGCAAAAUCAUUGAACGAGACACAAGUGCAGUAGCAGUGACCAUGCCAGUGUCCACAGGAGACCCAUUUCCAAGGACAUUUCACCGUUCUGAGAUAAAAAGUGAGGUGAAGGCGGGAUGUGGAAGAAAAAGCAUCUUUGCACAAAAGAUGGCAGCGAGAAGAGCUGCUGAAAAGGCAGCAACAGCUCCCUCUGCUGCCGAGUGCCUGCAAGGGAGAUCAGCUGCUCUGGAUGCCUUGGAUGAUGAGGGAUCAGCAGGAGAGGCACCUCUCCCCAGGAUCAGGGAUGAUGAAGCUGGUGGCUUUUUGACCUCUCAGCGGCCUUGUCUCAUAACAGGAGAAGGUCUUGGAAGCCAAAAGAGUGAGCAGGAAGCUCAGGCUAUUCAUAAAGAGAACUUGGAGAAGCUGCAGUCCAUGUCUGAGGAAGAGAUCCUGCAAGAGCAGAAGAGGCUUCUGGCUCAGCUGGAUUCCAAUUUAGUUGCUUUCUUAAAGUCACGACGUGGUGGCAAUGAAGGACAGAAAAAGGAAUUAAAAAUAGAACAGAACAGACCGGAGGAGUUUGUGGAAUCUCUGCCUGUGGCUCAGCAUGGUGUAAGAUCAUCUGUUUUCAUGCAGGAGUCAAAUCUGGAAGAAUAUGUAAGGAAGGAAGAGAAUAUGAAGGUAGAAAUGACAGAUGAUGAUCUGCCUGUGAAGCCCAGGAAGGAAUGGAUUCACAUGGACAAUGUGGAGUUUGAGAAGCUGGAAUGGAUGAAAGAUUUGCCCUCACCCCGACAGAAGAAAACUAAAAAGGGAAUGCAGGCUCGAUUCAGUUUAAAAGGAGAAUUGAUUCCUGCAGAUGCUGAUUUACCAACACAUCUAGGACUGCAUCACCAUGGAGAAGAGGCAGAGAGGGCUGGUUAUUCUCUCCAAGAGCUCUUCCAUUUGUCUCGCAGCCAAGUUACUCAACAGAGGACACUGGCUCUACAGGUCUUAGGUCGUAUUGUUCAAAAGGCCAGAGCUGGAGAGUUUGCUGCCUCCUUGAAGGGCAGCAUUCUGCGACUGCUGCUUGAUGCUGGGUUUCUCUUCUUGCUGCGCUUCUCUCUGGAUGAUGCAGUGGAUAAUGUCAUGGCAGCAUCUGUUGGCGCUCUGCGGGCUCUGCUGGUGUCACUUGAUGAUGAGAAAUACCUUGAUUGGACUUUCUCAUGGUACCAAGGGAUGGCUGCAUUCCCCUUUGUCCCCAGCAAUGAAGAGGAAGAAGAGGAGGAAGAAGAAGAUUUAAAUGGAACAGAGAAGUCUCAAGAUAAAAAAUCAAAGGAUGAAAACAAGCCAGAUCCAGAUGUGGCCCGAUACGAUGUUGUAAAGGGACUUUUGAAGACACGGAUCCAGCACCGGCUGAGGUACAUCCUGGAGGUGGUACGACCUGUUCCAACAGUAGUCCUGGAUAUACUGCACAUCCUUACCCACAUAGCAAGGCACUCCAGUGAAGCAUGUAGCCAGCUGCUUGACUGUCCUCGGUUGAUUGAGACCAUUGUCAGGGAAUUUCUCCCUACUCAGUGGGAUCCCCAAGUGGCUGAACCAGGGCACUUACUCACCAGCCUCCAUGGAAUUGCUUGUGCCACUGCUAUGAAGUUCAUCAGAGUAUUGGCAUCUGGAGGCCGAAAUGCAACAGCCAGGCUGCUUAGUAAAUUUGAAAUGAAAAGUCGGUUAAGUCGAUUCAUAGCUGAAGACCCACUGGAUUUACUCCUGCCAGGUGAAGAAGCCAUCAGGCUGAGCACCGAAGCCUUCCGGCUGUGGGCUGUGGCAGCUGGCUAUGGCCAGGCCUGUGAUCUCUACAGGGAUCUCUACCCUGUGCUGGUGAGGAUACUGCAGUCCCUGCCUGAGUUGCCUAGUGCUUGCCAAGGGAGGAGCCCCAUGGCUGAGCUGUCUGUCCAGCGAGCUACGGCAGUGGUCACUCUGCUGACAGGCAUGACGCAGACAGCGGGCUGCGCGGCAGAGCUGCAGGCCAGGCUGAGCAGUAACAGCUCAGAAGAUAGUGAACAGAUUCCCCCUCCUCCAGUAGCGUGGAAUCAAGUAUCAGGCUUAAAGCCCUUCCUUGAGACCAAUCUGAGAAAAUUCCUUAAGGAGAUAUCCCAGACAGAAACUUGGCAAACUCUCCAGCCUCUGACCACAACUUAUUUGAUCUACCUGGGAGUUUAUUAUAGUGCUUGCAGCCAACAGCCAUCAGUCAAUCCAGUUGACUGCUUAGAGGAGUUAGAACGUUUGACAUCUGAGGUGCUGCAGCCCCUUCUCAGCCAUCCAGCCAUACACAGCAUGUGGGACUUGCUCAGGCCAUGCUCUGCUUUGUGCAACCCUCUGUCCUGUUCCCCAGCACCAGAAUCCGUCUCCAGCAUUACAUCUCUGAGUUGCACUGGUGGCAAACCUCCUUUGAGCCUGGUUGGCUCCCAGUCACCUUUCCCCUUCCUUACUGCCCUCCUGUUUCUUGUGGAUAGCAUCACUCACAUUCACAAAGGCCUGACUAGAAAGUACAGCUCUGUGCUGGGCUUCAGAGGUUUGAAGGAUUAUCUGCAUCAAAGCUGGCAGACUGGACCUCCUUCUGUAACUCCCUCAUCUGCGUGGAUCCUGCGCCAUGAAUAUCACCUGCAGUACUUUGUGUUAGCGCUGGCUCGGAAAAUGGCAGGCACUUGUCCAGAUUACACCCAGCACGCCUCACUCCAUCACUCAGUUGCCAUGGCAUUGCUAAGCCGGCUGUUGCCAGGGGGUGAGCAUGUGGCUUACGAGGUCCUGCGAGAUCUUGCCUUUAAUCCAGAGUUUCUUCCUGAAGGGAAGGCUGGAGGGCCAGAAGCAGCUGACUUCUCUGAUAUUCUGCAUCUGGGUACCAGUGCCAAACUGGCACAACCGGGCUCUGCGGCAGCAUUUUUUUCAAAAGCUACUCGUGGUGCCCUGCUGAGAGAAUCAUACCAGAAUCUGCCUUUUAUUUGCUCCUGCUACCUUUCUCAUUUUGUCCACUUGCAGCCUACCCUUACACGUUCCCGAGCAUCCUACCGAGGACAGAAUUACCUCAUCCAGUCAAUGCUGCUUCCUGAGGUUAAAGGGCCCAUCCUGCCUUCAGACUGGCCAUUCUUUCCGCUUAUCAGCCUCUACAACAAAGUGACUAAUGCAGAGACACAUGGGGCUGUCCUUAACUCUCUCUCACCUGAUCUCAUCAACACUGUGACCUGGAACCUGCAGUGGGUUUUAUUGCUGGAGACCUGGCGUGCUAAAACCCUUCAGAGCAUCCCUACUGCUGCCAAACUUGCACGGCUUAUGUGUGUCUUCCUCACAGGCAGUGACCUCUUUCUGGAAGCACCAAUCCACCGCUACACAGCUGCCCUUCUCUCUGUGUAUUGCCAACCCAAGGCAUUGGACUCCCUGAACUUGGAUGCUCCUCUCCCUGGUUUGGCAUCCUUCCACGAUCUCUAUAUAAGCCUUCUGGAGCAGUUUGAAGGUGUUUCCUUUGGAGAUCCACUCUUUGGGGUCUUUGUUCUUCUACCUCUACAGAAGCGUUUCAGCGUUAAUCUGCGUCUCUCUGUUUUUGGGGAGCACACAAGUAUCCUGCGAGCACUGGGAGUGCCACUUCAGCAGUUUCCUGUGCCUCUUGAGCAAUACACUUCCCCUCCUGAGGACAACCUGAACCUCCUGCGACUCUACUUCCGAACGCUGGUCACUGGUGCCCUGCGCCACGCCUGGUGCCCUGUUCUUUAUGUGGUGGCUGUAGCACAUGUGAACAGUUUUAUUUUCUCCCAAGACAGCACGACACAGGAUGCUGAUGCCGCUCGGAAAAGCAUGCUGCGGAAGACGUGGCUGUUGGUGGAUGAGACUUUGAAAAAGCACCUACUCUACUACAGACUGCUGAAUGCAGAGAGUCCUUUGGGAUUUGACCUUUAUGAGCAGCUCCCUCCCAUGCGACUGAAGUACUUGCAGCUGGUGACACAGAAGGAAAACAAGGAGCAUGCACCAGCUCUAGUCUCAUAGCAAAACACUUGUGCAAGAAGAGGGCCAAGGGGAAGAACGGAAGAGCUCACUUUAUGCUUUACUGAUGAAACUGUGUGCACUUCAGACAGUUCCAGUCUUACCUGGACACUUGGUGUCUUUGCAAAGUGAAGCACUAGUAGAAUUAUUCUAGCCAUGCAGAGCAAUACACAUCUCAAGAAAUGGCUAUAUAUGUGUGUGAUCUCUCUGUGGUGAAUGCUGGAGCAUUUUCCUCCAUCCUCUUUCAGGUUGUUCUGCUUCUUCCCAGAGAAGGUGAGAAUGUGUCUGAGAGGCACCAGACUGUUGAAUAAACAGGAAAUGAAAAAGCAACUUUGUUCAGUCAGGCCUGAAACUGUGAGGUUCUCAAGAUGAUGUCUGUCUUUUCCAGAUCUUUCCCUUGCAUUUUUUUUGUACCUUGAGUUUUAAAUUGUCCUUUUCCAUGCUAUCCUCUGCAAAUAUAAUUACAAUACAGCAGGGAAAAAGCUGAUCCUGAGAGGUUUAUAUAUAUAUAUAUAUAAAAAACAGGGUUUUUUCCAGGACAAUGUUCUGUGUACACAGUCAGUCACACAGAUGUGUUGUGUCAGACUUCUAAGAAAUAAUAGUUCCUAGUGUAGUAUUACAAACACUGGAUAUCCUCCCUUGGCUGUCAUUUGGAUAGUCAAUAAACAGACAUAUUUUCUCCCUGAAUAUGUUUACAUGUGUAAAAAGAUUAGAAAAAAAAAGUAGGGCAGGAUGCAUGGCAGUAGGGUAAAAAAGGGGGAAGUGAGGGGAAAAAAAAAUAGUAUUUUCUUGUUUAUCUGCUUGCCCUCUUGAGAAGGGGGGGCAUGUAAUUUACAUUUUGAAGUGGAGUUCCUAAGCUUAAAUCUAAUUUUAAAAAUUUUUAAUUUGAUCCUGCUUUACAUCCAAAUUCUGUAUUACAGCCUUAGACAUAAGAGUUGCAAAUAUAUUGCCCUAAAAGCCACAUUACGAGUGCCAGGUGAAGUCCAGAAUUUACCCUAGGUGGGAUCUCACAGAAAGUAUCAUCCAAUAAUUUUUGCAGAACUAUGAUCACUCCAGCAGGGUUUUGUUUAGAGAACUUACUUUUAUGAAGAAAACUUCUUAAAGUUAUUUCUUUUGUUUUGUUCUUAUGAAUAAAUUCCUCUGGAAGGUGAUGAUCUUGCCCAGUCUGAAGACCUAAGCUUCUCUCUUUACCUCUCAAAUGGGCCAAGCCAAGAAACCAGGCCUGUAUUGAUCUUGCCGUAGUGAGUGUCCCUGCUAAGAGUCCAAAACACUGUUAACAGGCCAGCUUCAGCCAGUAACUUUAUGGCUGUGGUAGGAUCUUUGCAUUGGCAGUUUUCUAACAGCCUCCCUCAGAUUGCCAGAAAAGACACCAUUUAAUCUUUUCCCCCCCUUAUUUCAGAUAGAAUGUGAGUAUAAUUGAUGCUUUAUUUAAUUAUUUUUUUAUUCCUUCUAUUGCAGCUUUUGAUCUGUUAAUUUUUUUAAAAGUACUUGAUGUGAUAAAGGGUUUAAGCAAAGGCAUUCAAGUUUCUAGUGUGUCUAUAUGGUGAGAGCCCAGCUGUUGUCUUUUCGAAACCAAUGGAUGGUAAAAUUUAAGGACUCCUAGCUGCCCGUUUCAGAGCAGCUUUCAUCAAGGACUUUGCCUUUCACUUUUCAGACCCCCAGUUUAAAAAACUUUUCCAGUCCUUUGUGCAUUGUUGAGUUUUGUAAGGUGUACAGGGUGUAAAUAAAUAGCUCUGCAGGUUUUGUUUUUUAUUCA